AUGGUGAAGACGGUCCAAGCGGCGUUGUCACCGUUAUUGGUCGUCGGCGCGUUCUGCGGCUUGUGCGUCUUCGAGUUCCCCCUUGGACGACCCAGGCCGUACCUCACUUGCCUCUACUUCCUGGUCACAUGGAGCAUCUACGCGUAUAUCGUCUACUACCUAAUCGACAUCGCUCAAGAACAGAUCAUAUUUCUAUCCUGGACUAAUUUGACAAUCACAAUCUCCUCGUUCGUGUCGAUGCUGGUCAACAUAUUUCGUUGCAAGGAACUGAAAAAAUGCCUGCGCAAACUUUCCAUCGUGGACGAUACUUUAGAAGUACUCGGAACGCCCAAGGAAUAUCGACCGUUGUACAAGUGGAUGAUCGGAGUGAUAAUCACAUGGUCACUNUUUUCUAUCGUGGACGAUACUUUAGAAGUACUCGGAACGCCCAAGGAAUAUCGACCGUUGUACAAGUGGAUGAUCGGAGUGAUAAUCACAUGGUGUGUGACAGCCAAUCUCUUGAAUGUGUUAGAUAUCUUAUGGCAGCACUCAAAGGGCACAAAGGGCAAACGGUUUGACGUUGUGCGUAUCUGUACUCCAUUAGUGGAGAAUCAUCUGUUGCACCUGGGCAACAUCAACGGUGUGAUGUUGGGAACUGUUCUUGGGUACACGGCCUCCAGAUUCGAGCGAGUCAACAAGCACAUUUACAAUCUGUUGGAAAACAACGCGGAACACGCCGGAAAAAGGAAUACGUUGAUUUUGGUCGGUCAGAAAAGAGUCUUAGAAGAGUCCGAGAAACGCGGACAGCGCUUUUGGAUUAUCAUGCACGUUCAUUUGCAGUUGAGCAUGCUGUCGCGACAGCUCAACAAAGUGUUCAAUGUGCAAAUGACGCUGGAGAUGGCUACUUUGUUCGCAGUUUUAGUGGACCAGUUCUUCGAUUUUCACCAUAUAUACGUGGACGAGAAUAGGAAUUUACUUCACCAGAUCGUAGCGAAGCUGACCACUUAUAUCUGGACCGGCCUGUUCACCGCGAAGCUUUUCGCGUUAAAUUACAUCUGCCAGACCAUUUGCGACAAG